AGCCUGUGAUUUGGGACUUUCCAAUGGGGAAGUGAACAGAAACUGCCACAGACCCGGCCGUGAACAGGGAGUUACCCUCGGCUGGUGAAUGCAGCAAGGCAGGCCUGGCUGAGGUUGGUGAGACUGCGAGGGACAGGUGAGAGAUGAAGCUCAGAAGACAUCUUUGCAGAGAUGUGGAGAAGCCAGGAGGAAGUCACCUCUGUGCCCUCCCUAAAAUAAACCUGACCUCCCGUGGGUUCCCAGACACUAACUUGUUUCCCUGGGAAUUUGCAGCUUUGACCAGAACCUGGUAACAGAUGUGGAUGGCCUUGAACCACCAACUCAGCUUAUACGGAAGGCAAGACUGAAGGCUUCCUAGAUUCCAGCUUUUUGGAAAUUUUAGCAUUCAGGUGCCAGGAAUACAGAUGGGAGAGCCAGUGCCAGAAACAGGUCCAGCCGUACUCCUCGAUGAAUACUGUGGGUUCCCAGCAUUUUCAGACGCUUAUUCCUCAGCUGGUGACUCCGUGUAUACUUACUUCAGUGCUGUUGCUGGACAGGAUGGUGAACUGGAUGCUGAAGAACUUCAGAGAUGUUUGACACAGUCUGGAAUUAGUGGAACUUACUCUCCCUUCAGUUUGGAAACCUGCAGAAUUAUGAUUGCCAUGUUGGAUAGAGAUUACACAGGAAAACUGGGAUUUAGUGAAUUCAAAGAGCUAUGGGCAGCUCUUAAUGCCUGGAAGCAAAACUUCAUGACUGUUGAUCAAGAUGGAAGUGGCACAGUAGAACAUCAUGAGUUGCGUCAAGCCAUCGGUCUUAUGGGUUAUAGGUUGAGUCCUCAAACAAUAACUACUAUUGUUAAACGUUACAGCAAGAAUGGCAGAAUUUUCUUUGAUGAUUAUGUUGCUUGCUGUGUGAAGCUUCGAGCAUUGACAGAUUUCUUUAGGAAAAGAGACCACUUGCAACAAGGGUCUGUGAAUUUCAUGUAUGAUGAUUUUUUGCAGGGCACUAUGGCAAUUUGAAUGUUCAGAAUUCUAAACCUGAAGAGACACUGUGAAUUCUUUUGCUUGGAAGAAGUGAACUGGACUACUUUAAAACUUUUAAGCGUUUUCCAUGUUCUUCCUACCCGUUAAGUCUCUCUUCACUUUCUGUGUGUUUUUAUUUUAGCAGAUAGUUCAAAACAAUAAAAGAUUUAAAAAAAUUUUGGUGUAUUACUGCUUUUGGAUAAGUUAUUUUACAAAUAUGUGCAUAUUGUCAUAAAAUAUUGGUGUAUGAUUGAUUUAAAUAAUGCUUAGCCUUAAUUUUUAACAAUGUAAAUUUAGAGGAAUGUACUUUAAAAGAUAGAUUGUAUAAGAAGCCAGAUGAUGAAAGCCUAGAAAAAACUAAUUUAUACUUAUCUGAAGGUUACAAAUCAGACUUUAAAUUUUGUUUGUAGUUGGUGGUGUUUGAGGGCCAGCUAGAAAUGAAAGCCUGGAUUUUGUGCUGUGUUCGUAAUAUAGUUUAUUCCUUGAUCAAAUAAUCAGAGAAAAAACACUUAAAGGUCUUUGUCCGUGAAGAAGAAAGUUAUCUCCCCAGUCAAAUCUGUGGUGGGAUAAGACUACAGAAGGCAUUAUUUUUUCCUUUUUAAUUUUUUGUUGUGUAUAUUUUUCUUCAAUAUGUUUUAUUGUCUUCUCUAAGCAAAAAGUUCUUAAUAAACAAAGUAUUUCUCUCUGCACCCUAUUUCAUUAGUGAAGACAUAGUUCCCCUAAAAUGGCAUCCUCCUCUAAAUCUAGACUUUUUGGAAAUGGUGUAUAUUUUUGAUGAUAUGUCAACAUUCAAAAUUGUCCUAAUUAAAUUGUUGUUUAAAUGUAAUUUCAGCUGUUUAUAAAGUUAAAAAAAAGUAAUUAACCACUCCAAUUGCUCAGAAAUUAUACAUUUGACUUAUUUGACAAUAUUAACAUUAGUGGUGGCUUUGCCGUUAAAAACCCAGUAAGUAUAUUGAGUGCAUCUAUGUGAUGUGGUGUUUUGAGCAUAGUAGGCACCACAGCAACUUUUCUGAGUGGUACUAAAACUGCCGAAAAUGCAAAGUAGAAUCACCAGAUCUUUCGUGUGCAAUAUCCCUGGUAUAAGAUGUUAUGAUUAAUGUGAUUUCUUUAUUGGCAAACACCUCAUGUCUAUCUUAGUGAAGAUUUAAUAAACCACAUAUUUUUCUUACGCUUUAAAUGCGUAUCUUCCAAUCUAACAGUGAGUGACAUAAUUUUAUGACUGCUGACCAAAUUAAUUUAUAGAUUUUAUAAAAUCCCAUGUUUCUUAAUGGAUGAAGGAUAGAUGGCAAUAUCUUGAACAAAACCUUUUAUAAACUUACAGAAUUUUAAAUCAGCUUUCACUUUAAAAAAUCCUGGAAAGGAAGUAAUGCACUUGACACUGAUAAUUUUAUAUAAUUUGCUGUCAGAUUCACUUGGUCAGUUUUAUAAAAGUAUGUGAAUAAGUAAUCCACAUAAUUUUGUUCUCUGGCUUUUUUUUAUGAACAUAUAUUUGAUAAUGUGAGAGGACAUUAACUGAGCUGGUAAAUUAAAGAAACAGAAUUCUAAUUAGAAGUGUAGGAAAAAGCAAAUGUAAAAACACUAUGUGUCGUUCACGUUGAAUGGUGAUAAUGUGACUCAGCAGCCUGUAAUCUCAACAUCCAGGUUAUACAGAUGGUUGUUACUGAACUAUUCUGUGGUCAACUAUGAUUAUCUCUCUUACUUGGAGGCUCACAGUUGAGGUAAAACUUUUAAAAUGACAAAUGGUAUUAUGCAAGUUUCUGCCAAAUGACACUCUGUCUUAGAACUCUUUAACACAAUUCUCAUCUAAAAAUGUUCCUAUUACUUUUGGUCAUAGAAGGUCUAUGAAGGAGCUUCCAUGGCCAAACAUAUUUAGAAACUCUCGCUUUCUAAAGCUUGAUAAGGUAUAUUAGCAUCUGAAAGCCUAAGGUUAAUAAAAUCAGUCAUGUUUAAUUUUAUUUGGCCCAGUUUUUUCCAAACUUUUUGACCACAGAACCCCUUUCUCUAGCAAAACUAACAUUCUAUGCCGAUCCAACUUAAUUGCCAGGCAACUCUUCUGCACUUUACAUUAAACAGACAAACUUAUAUUCACAGAAACAUUAGGCCUACAGAAUAUUUUACCAGAAUUUUUAUACUGAAAUACAGUUCACUUUUUGAUGCUUUAAAAAUAACUGAUAAAAUAUUUUUAUGAUGAACAUGACUGCAAUAUGAAUAUAGUAUAGUAGUUUGCACUGGUUAACUCACACCCCAGUUCUUUUAUGAUGAUGUUAAUUAUUGAAUAAUGUACACUCUUAAUGUAUAAGUGCUUUUAUUUAUACAGUAAACAUGUUUCCAUGUCAUUUUGAGAAUUUUUUUAAUAAACAUUCAAAUAGCUUGCUGUAAA